CCCCUAUACCGCCCCCCUUUUCUCCCCCCCCGCACACGCUCGUCCGCACCGACGAAGCUUCCCUCCGGCUCCCCACCCCCGCACCGCCACCCGGGGAACCCCAGCGAGAAGGAGGGGAGAGGCGGCGGCCGCCGGGCAGGGCAGGCCAGCGCGCGCGCGUGCGCUCCGGGAGCGAGGGAUCGGUCGGGAUGUCGACGCCGGCGAGGAAGCGCCUGAUGCGCGACUUCAAGCGGCUCCAGCAGGACCCGCCCGCCGGAAUCAGCGGCGCGCCGCACGACAACAACAUCACCCUUUGGAACGCCGUCAUAUUUGGGCCCGAUGACACGCCGUGGGAUGGAGGUGAGCCGCCGGUUCCCGAUUUAGGUUUCAGUUUGUUUCCUUCAUUCAUCCGUGUGCAUGUAGCUGCUCGAUUACUAGUGUUUGCCUGCUGUGUGAUACACUGAGUGGUUGAUUGGCGCUGCAGCUGGACCUAUUUAUGAUCUGUCU